AUGGAGACAUUACCAACAGUAGAGCGUGCCCUCAAGGUCCGGGGUUCCAAGGAGAUUGAGAUAUGCAAUAAAUGGCCCCUGCCUGUUCUCGAAGACGACGAAAUCCUGGUCCGUGUCAGAUGUGUUGCCAUGAAUCGGGUGGAUGUGGAGAUGGUCGAAUUGGCGCCAAAGAUCGGCGUAACGAUAGUUUGUCAGUUCUCUGGCGAUUCAGUAGGGUUGAUCCGAUGCCACGUUGGUGAAGAAUCGUAAGUUAAAGAAGAGCCCGGGGAAACCAUCCGAAUCGAGGCGACAAUGGGGCGUUUGCUGACUUCGUCGCUGUGGCGGGGGACUUGGUUUAUCUUCUUCCUCCACACUUGUCAUAUCAGCAAGGUGCCAGCCUUGGGGUUGCCCUCCCCACAGUAGUCCCACAGUAGGCAUGGCAUUGUACUCUUUGUGGUCUCUCCCCAAACCCUACCCAUUGUUGUCCCAAGCCAAGCGGACCCGAAGCGCAAAAGCCUUUCAGCCGCAAGCGAGAGCUCGUCGUCAACCCCAUCUUCAACGUCGUUUGAAUCGUCUCCCGCAACCAGAACCCAGCGAUAUGUGCUUGUAUACGGCGGAAGCUCGGUUUGCGGUGCCAUGGCCUUGCAAUUGCUUCGAAAUUCUGGGUUUAUCCCGGUGUCCACAUGUUCGCCCCAGAUUUUCGCCCUGGUGAAAGAUUUGGGUGCUGAGGAGCCUUUCGAUUACAACUACCGAUCGCCGACAUGUGGGGAAGACAUUCGCCGCUUCACCGCCAACACCCUUACUUAUGUACUUGACUGUACUCUAUCACAGAUCUUACGUAACUCGACAAGAAUUCACUAUGCGGCUAUAGGUAUGCCCGUCCCAAAGACCGAGCAUUUGCCGAAAAAUGGAUUCUAG